AUGGAAGCAUUUCAAAAGAUUCACCCAUUAGAAUUUUAUAGAAAAUAUUUAGUUAGAUCAGUUAGACCAGAUGGUAGAUCUUUAGACGAUAUAAGAAAGACAACAAUUUCAACAGGUUCAAUAACCACAGCAGAUGGUUCAUCAUUUGUAAAAAUUGGUAGUACAUCAGUAGUUUGUGGUGUUAGAGCCGAAGUUGGUGAAAAACCGUCAAUUGAUAAAUCAAAAUUUUCAACAUUAAAUGUUCAUGAAAAUAAAAAUAUAUUUAUAAAUAUAGAAUUAGGACCAAUUUGUUCAAAUACAUUUUCAUCAAGUAAACCUUCAGAUAUAGCAAUGUCAUUAUGCUCAAGAUUAAAUUCACUUAUAAAUCGUUUAGAGAUACCAGAAACAGAUUAUUACUUUGAUGAAGAAGGUAAAGCAUUAUGGUAUUUAUAUGUAGAUGUUUAUUGUUUAGAUUAUGAUGGAAAUAUAUAUGAUGCUGCUGUACUUUCAAUAAUAUCAGCUCUUAAAAAUGUAAAAUUACCAAAAGGAAUUAUUGAGAAUAAUGAUGAAUUUUAUAAAGAUUUAGAAUCACCACAACGUAAAUUAAAUAUUCAACAUUAUUUAAUCCCAUUAUCAUUUUCAGUAAUUGAUGACUAUAUACUAGCAGAUCCAUCAUUAGAUGAAGAGAAAUUAUCAUCAGGUACAAUUAAUAUUACAUAUAAUGAAUUAAAUGAAAUUUGUUUAUUACUUUCAAGUGGAACAAGUUUAAUAUCAAAAACAAAUUUAAAAACUUGUAUGGAAAAAGCAAAAGAAAGAUCUACUUUCAUUAUAGAUUUAAUAAAUAAUAGUAAUAAUAAUGAUAAUAAUAAUAAUAAUAAUAAUAAUGUAGAAAUGAAAGAAUAA